CUUCAUCUCCUCCCAUCAGUCCUCCAAGCCCAUAAAUCACUCAGGUAUACCAUCAAGCGCAUACCGUUGCAUAUCAGAGCCUAGGAAAAGAACUCACCAUCCCGGACCCAAGCCCGAAGGCGCAUAAGAAAAAAAGAAAAUCAUACACAGUAUCACGAUGGUGCUCAGCAGAGUGGCAUUGGGCUUUCUCGGCCUCUUCUUCACAGCGGGAGCCCUCCUGCUCAUGUUCCUGACUCUCCUGGGCGGCGCGACCAACACCCGACCCUUGAACGAGAUCUACUUCCUGCAGGUCGACACAAGCAACAUCCCGGGGGCACCCUCGCUGUCUCGCUGGACGUUCUGGCAGCUAUGCGCGGUGGUCAAUGGCAAGAGCCAAUGCGGCUCGUCUCACCCGGACUACCCCUUCGACCCCCCCAGCUCUCGUAACUUCGACACCACCACCAACAUCCCCGCUGCCUUCAUCGGAACGAACCACUACUUCCUCACCUCGCGGUUCUCCUUCCCCUUCCUCCUGAUCGCCCUCUUCUUCGGCGUCAUCUCCCUCCUCACCGGCUUCCUGGCCAUGUGCACGCGCAUCGGCAGCUACCUGUCCUCGCUGAUGGCCUGGAUCGCCCUGAUCUUCCAGAUCAUCUCCACCUGCCUGAUCACUGCCGUCUACGUCCAGGGCCGGAACAAGUUCAACGCCAACAACCAAACCGCCCGGCUGGGAGUCAAGGCCUUCGCCUUCAUGUGGACCGCGGUCGCCUGUCUCUUCCUCGCCUGCCUGGCCUACUGCAUGGGCGGCGCGACGGGCCGCAAGGACCGGGGCCGGGGCUACAGCGGCCGCGAGCACCGCCGGAAGGGGUUCUUCUCGUCCGCUCGCUCCAACAGCUUGAGGAGUAACAAGGAGACUACUGCUACGGUUUAAACUCCCACAGAGAAAGAAAGAGACUUCCCAAUUCGCACUGGUCUUUGGUUGUUGCUGUUGUCCGUACGAGACGAAGAAAGUAACGGGCACGGCGUUUGUUCAUCGAUCAGGUGCAAAGAGAGAGGUUUACUGUUUCUGACUCCCGAUCGAUCUACAUACCUCGCUGGAGAGGGUGGGGUUAACCACCGUGGCUGAGGAAGCUCCGUUUGAUAAUGCUUAUACCCACCCUCCCUUCUGAAUAGUCUCACGCCUAUUCCGCAGCCUAUAUGAAUUUCGUUGAUGUCUUAUUCCCUGAUGCUAUGUU